GCGGUUCCGGGGCCGGCGGAAGGGCGGGCGGGCAGCGGCGCGGCGCCUCUUAAGAUGGCGGCGGCCAAGAGGAAGGGUGGCGCGGCGGCGGGUGCCCGGCCCAAGAAGCGAGCUAAGAGGAGCCCGGGCGAGCCUGAGGCGGCUGCCGACGCCAAGCCGGGCCCGCAGGAGUACAGCAUCCCGGCCCCGGUGUCUCAGGGCAAAUGGAAGAACAAGGAACGGGUGCUUAUUUUCUCCUCUCGUGGAAUUAAUUUCAGAACAAGGCACCUAAUGCAAGACUUAAGAACACUGAUGCCUCACUCUAAAGCAGAUACUAAAAUGGACCGCAAAGACAAGUUGUUUGUAAUUAAUGAGGUGUGUGAAAUGAAAAACUGCAAUAAGUGCAUCUUCUUUGAAGCCAAGAAGAAACAAGAUCUCUAUGUGUGGCUUUCAAAUACACCACAGGGACCAUCAGCUAAAUUCUUAGUGCAGAACAUUCACACACUGGCUGAACUGAAGAUGACAGGAAACUGCUUGAGAGGCUCACGGCCCCUUUUGUCUUUUGAUCCAACAUUUGACAAGGAGCCACACUAUGCUCUGCUAAAAGAAUUGUUUAUUCAGAUAUUUAGCACGCCACAUUAUCACCCGAAAAGCCAGCCUUUUGUAGAUCAUGUUUUUACAUUCUCCAUUACAGACAACAGGAUUUGGUUUCGGAAUUAUCAGAUAAUAGAAGAAGAUGCAUCUCUAGUAGAAAUUGGGCCUCGUUUUGUCCUGAACCUCAUAAAAAUCUUCCAGGGUAGCUUUGGAGGACCAACUUUAUAUGAAAAUCCCUAUUAUCAGUCCCCGAAUAUGCAUCGACGGUUGAUUAGGUUGUCAAUGGCUGCUAAAUUUAGAGAGAAACAUCAAGUGAAGGAAGUACAAAAGCUUAAGAAGAAGGAGAGUAAGAUCCUUAUUGAAGAAGAUCCCACUGAAGUGGUCUUUGAAACUCCAGCUGAAGAAAAGCCAGUGGAAAUACAGCUUGUGAAACCAGAGUCAAAGGCAAUUGUAAAAGAUAAGAGGAAGCCACGCAAAAUUGAGAGGAAGAGGCAAAAAAAGCUUUUCAGAACUGAAGCAUAAGCUUAAAAUCUAAAGUGAAAAAACUAAGCAGACUUAAGUCAUCUUUUAGUCUGGUAUAGCUAUAAUACGUAUAUUCCUUAGCUAUAUUGACAUAAUAUUGUAAAUACCUGUUUUUUUUUUUUUAUUUACAAGUAAAGCUAACUGGACUUCAGUUUUAAUUAAACAAAAUACCAGUUUCUUUAUUGGGGUUCAGUUUUCACUUUUUUUUUGUCUUUGAGCUGAUUCUAGAGUUUGAAAAACAUGGCAAUGGCAAGGGGAAAUGAGGAACUCCAACUAUUUCUGUUUUUGGUAAUUGGUCUUAACAUUCAAAUAUCUCUGGGAAACAACUUGUAACACAUAACAAGGAAUAAAAGUAACCAGGUUGUCA